UUCUUCCGUUUCAUCCCCCUCUGCGAUAACCGAUCCCUACAAAGCAUUUGAACGCUUGAGCAUAUCAGAUAGUGCAUCGCAAGCCACUGUAGUGAACAAUACACCUAUAACCAAUCAAACAGGAAUAACAGCAAACCAGCAAGUUUCUUCUCCAUUUGAUUCAAUGCAGAAAACCCAACACUCUGCCAACCCGUACGAUGCACUCUACAAUAAUAAUUCAAUAUUUGAUGUAUUUCAACCUGCAUCCGUGCAAAAAACAAAAGAUAUAGUUGUAGACAGCGGAUUUGAUGCGUUCCAGUCAGCUUCGACACAAUCGCCUCAAGUCACAUCACCACAAAGUUUGGAUAAUUUGUUCGACUCAUACCAAUCGGCUCAGCCGCCGGCACUUCAGCGAACGGCGUCUGAUGGUAUAUUUAAUAGCUUCCAGUCGGCACCAACUAAUGCAAUACAACGAUCCACAUCAUCAUUAUCAAAUGAUAUAUUUGACCCCUUCCAAUCAGCGUCAACCACUUCAUUACAAAAAUCUGCAUCAUCCUCUUCAUCUUCAAGUAAUAAUAUAUUCAGUUCGUCCCAAUCAUUACAGACUACUUCGCUUCAACGAACCAUGUCUUCAGAUAUAUUUACCUCAUUUCAGCAAGCUCCAGAAUCAUCUAUACUAGGAAAUGGAUCGUCUACGAACGUAUUUAAUACUUUACAAUCCGCUCCUAAUUUAACACAUCAACAACCCGCUCUCACGUCUGGUACUACAAACUCAUAUAAUACGUUUGCUACACGACAACAAUGGCCAUAUCAAAGUGCUCAACAUCAAGACAUAAAAUAUCAAAAUACUGGCAUUAAUUUCACCACUUCAUCAAACAACAUGAACAAUACUGACCCAUUUUCGCCUUUUGAAAUCUUUCAACAACCGAAGACAGAGAUAUCCGCAGGGCAGACUAGUAAUCUGCCUUCGAUAUCGCAACAGCAGACAAGUGCAAAUUACCAAACUUCCGUUAAUCCAUUUGUAUCAACGCCGACGAAUGGAACAGGCAUGCAGCAAUCAACCCAUUUUUCUGGGACUUCGACUGCUUACGGAUCACAUAAUCCAUUUCCAUUGGCAUCCAAUUCGGUAAACGUUAAUGGAUCGUUGAAUAAUUUACAACAUACAGGUAGCAAGCUAUCGUUUGAUGCAGCUUUUGAAGAUUUGGAUCCUUUAAAUAAUAAUAAGAAGAAAGGAUUUGUGGGGAGUGAG